AUGACAAAUCCAAGCUUGACAUUGGUCUGCAAUGAUGUCAUCGCAUGCCUCAUCCAUGGCCAGGAGGGUGGAACCACAACAUCUUCCUACCAGACCAUUUUCAGAGAUAGCUGCACACAUGGAGAUGUUUCCCCCACGUUGUCCAGGCACUUUGACGGUUACACAUUGGUCGAUGAGGUUCCGCCCAUGGCACCGAGUUUUGGCAGGGUUGAAGCCUGCUUCAUCAACAAAGAUAUACUUGUGAUGGUUCACAGCAAAUCAUCCACAGACAGCAGCCUCUAUUCUGGUGCUGAUGUCUGCCCACUGGGCCAGUUCCCCUGUGGCAACCUGUCUGUGUGCCUGCCCCAGCUCUACCACUGCAAUGGGGUCCAGGACUGUGCUAAUGGAGCUGAUGAGGAGAACUGUGUGGACAACAGCGGGUGGCCACAUCUUUUUGAUGCCUUUAUGAAGAAAAAUGUUGAAGAGUCCAAGGAAUGCAUGCUGGACGUGUUCCCAGAGGUAUGCUUCUGUGAGGCCAGGAGAGUUAACUGUAACAAAAAGGGACUACUCAGCGUCCCAGCUGUGUCUUCCAAUAUAACAUCUCUUGAGCUGAACAGCAACCAGAUAACAGCUCUCCAACCAGACCAGUUCAUCCGCUACAGACACCUUGAGAGACUACACCUGGAAGACAACAGGAUCAAAAGAAUCUCCAAGCAGGCAUUCUCAGGACUCUACUCACUAAGAAGACUAUUUCUCAGUCAGAAUCGGAUUACAUCGUUGAAGGCUGGCAUUUUUGGAGACCUCUCGAACCUGGAGUGGCUGAUUCUUGACGAAAAUAGAAUCACAUCUAUGAGACAGAAAUCGUUUGAGGGCCUGAAAUCUUUAUUUUUCCUGUCUUUGCUGAAUAAUUCCCUAGAAUCCAUCCCCAAGAAAUCUGUCUGCCUGGAAAUGCCUAGAUUAAACUGGCUAGAACUGGAGGGGAACAGGAUAUCAUCUUUGUGGGUUUCCAGCUUUCAAAACUGCACCACUCUGACAGUAUUGGCUCUUCGAAAAAACAGAGUACAAACCAUUGAGGAGGGAAUAUUUUUUGGAAUGCCAAACCUGAUAGACCUGGACAUAUCUGUAAACAAAUUUGAGGAGUUCUCCUCAACUAUGUUUAGAAAUCUUCUAAACCUAAAACAGUUGAACAUCUCAAAUAACCCUCUAACUCAUAUCUAUGAUGAUCAGUUUGACAUGUUUGUCAAUUUACAAUCCCUGAGUAUAGAGGAGGUUGAAAUACCAAACAUCAGUAUUCAGAUGUUUCGCUCUCUUAGCAACUUGUCCCAUAUUUAUUUUAAGAAAUUUGAAUACUGUGGCUACUCUCCUAAUGUGCGAAGUUGCAAGCCAAACACUGACGGAAUUUCAACAUUUGAGAAUCUUCUUGCGAACAUCAUCCUUCGUGUUUUUGUGUGGGUGGUGGCCUUCAUCAUCUGCUUCGGCAACAUUUUUGUGAUCUGCCUGAGGUCUUGCAUUGCAUCUGAAAACCAGCACCACACCAUGGCCAUCAUAUCACUGUGCUGUGCUGACUGCCUCAUGGGAGUCUAUCUGUUCUUCAUCGGUGCGUUUGACAUCAAGUACUGUGGAGAGUACAACAGACAUGCCCAGCUGUGGAUGGAGAGCCUGCAGUGCCAGUUGAUUGGCUGUCUGGCCAUGCUGUCCACUGAGGUGUCAGUCAUGCUUCUGACCUACAUGACUCUGGAGAAGUACCUGUGCAUUGUGUUCCCCUUCCACAACUACAGAGCCGGACGUAAACAGACGCUCUGCUAUCUCAUCUUCAUCUGGGUCCUGGGUUUCAUUAUUGCCGUCAUUCCCUUAUGGGACAAGCAGACGUUCGGGAAUUACUACGGCAGGAAUGGAGUGUGUUUUCCACUUCACUCAGAUGAGAUGGAGAAACCAGGGGCCCGAUGUUACUCCACUGGAAUAUUUCUGGGGUUGAAUCUCUUUGCAUUCAUCAUGAUCGUCUUCUCCUACACCAGCAUGUUUUACUCUGUACAGAAAACAGCCAAGACAGCAAGACAGUCUGUCUACAACAAGGAGGUCUCUAUAGCCAAGAGGUUUUUCUUCAUCGUUUUCACAGAUGCCAUGUGUUGGACACCUAUAUUCAUCCUAAAGAUCCUCUCCCUUUUACGAGUGGAAAUAGCAGGAACGAUCGUUCUAUGGGUGGUGAUCUUCAUCCUGCCCAUCAAUAGUGCCCUAAACCCCAUUCUAUACACCAUCACUGCCAGCUCCUUCCAGGAGAAACUCAAACUCUGCUUGAAGGCCAAGUGCAAACAGGCUGGGCUCAGGGAAACAUCCCAAAAAGUAUCUGAAGUUUACCAGAACCCCAGCGCUCCCCCUUAACGAAAAGGACCCUCUCAGUCAGGGAGCUGGCCAACAGUCCUCUUGGAGAGCUACUGCCUGGGUAUGCAGGCUUUUUUUCCAGCUCUUCUGGAACACACUAAAUUUAAAACAUCAAGAUCUGGCUAAGCUUCUGAUAAGUAGGAUCAGUGUGUUUGAGCAGGGCUUGAGCAAAGCCUGCAUACUGAGAGGCUCUCCAGGAGGAGGGUUGGCUACCCAUGUCCUUAUUUGAUAGGGGGAGAGAUGUAUUCUUGUAAUCAUUCUUUACCAGCAAGAGAACAUGUUUUCUGCGAACCAAUUUAUUAACAAAUGUUUUGUGUGAAUACAGUUAUUGUAAACACAGAUGUGCAGAAUCACAAAUUAUUUUGCAUACACAAUUGAUAUUACACAAAUUGUAUUGUAUAAGUGUAUAAUUGAAAAAAAAUGAAAAAAUAUAUGGAAUUGAAAAGGUGUAAAUGAGUGAGGUGUUUUGGGUUUUAGGGUGUGACAUUUGCUUAGGUUGAUAAAUUUGACAUUCAGAUGCAAUGUUACUACUUGCCUCUGAAGCUCAACUGUGACAAUUGGAAACAAAUGAUGAAGGUGA